ACUAGAGUGUGUUAUUGUUGUUACUGGAGUGUUGUUGUUGUUGCUGGAAGGUGGUAGUGUCAGUGUUGUAAAUGAUGUAUAUACAGGAAUAUUUCUAUAUAAACUUAAGUAGCAAAGGUUAACACCAUGUACAUCUGGACAUGGUAGAAAAAUUAAAUAAAAACAUUAAAUGAACGUAUUUUUUUGUAAAAGACUAUUAAUCAUCUUUGAAAAUAGCAGACUUUUUUGUAGGUAGACAGUUCAUUUGUACCUUUUCAGUCAACAACUUAGUCCGCUCGCCUCUACCCAUGAACCACGAACCCCGAGAUUCAGUCUCAUGAACUCGAAGCAGUAGACCGAUUUGUUAUUCUGUCUACAAAUGCUUCGGAUUCAUGAGUUUGAAUCUCGGAGUUCAUGAUGACUCGUGUAUGUAUUGACCUAGACUACGUGCAUAAAGACCUUAGUAGUUAAAGCUCUCCACAGAUUUAUUUUCUAUGUUUGAAUCAAUUUCUGAACAGGAUAAAACGAAAUUGCCUGUGGAACAAAUUUGUAAAAAAAAAUGAAUUCUUGGUAUUUGUUAUCUGAGCCUUUGUUGUCGCUCUCUACACUUACCCUGCACCAAUAUUUAGCAUUACUCUCUCCCUUUGUGGUUCCUGUGCCCCUUAAUCUACCCAACACAACGUGGGUGAGUUAUAACGACGACAGAUGGAGAGUAAUGAGAACUAUGAAGGCGUUAAUAACGUAAUACAGGUAGCGGUCACUCUAAUAAAUAAAUACUCCCUCCACUUGGACGAUCAGUUGCGUGUGAAGUGACGCGGUGGAUGGUCGCUCUGUGACGGUGUGAAGUGACGCGGUGGAUGGUCGCUCUGUGACGGUGUGAGAGAUGAUGUGGCCAGCCUUAGUGUUGUAUCUCCUAAUACAUAGUUCAGAGGGACGGAAUGUUACCCUUGUAAAGUUCCAGACUGAUGGUGUGGCGUCUAUGGAGAGUAUGCUGGACGCUGGUGUUGGACGCAUACCUUCCUUGACUCAGGUGACGGUGUGCCUUCACUUCCGUCUCCUGCACGGAGGAAAAAGAGUGCCAGUUGUCAGCUAUGUUGUACAAGGCUUCGACAAUGAACUCUUGAUUGGUCUGAGUUGGAAUGAACAUAGUUUAUAUGUUGAGUGUUGCCGCGAUAUGGUGGUGGAAGACUUACCUUUGGUGGUGACGCUGUACACCUGGCAGCACCUCUGUGUCGCUCUGGACCUGAUCGAUGGCACCCUGACCUACGUCUUCAAUGGUGAGUUAAACAAGAAAGAGCAGAUCAUAGACCAGUCGAAGAUGAGAGGUGGGAAGAGGGUGCAGAUGGAGGGUGGUGGGCGACUGACUAUUGGGCAAGAGCUGGAGUCACUUGAGGGUGACUUUGACAUUACUCAGGCGAUGGAUGGAGAGAUCGCCGACUAUAAAUUCUACAAUGUGAUUCUGACUCCCGAAGAAAUGGUGAGUUUCACCACCUGUAGAAAGGGACCUUCCGUGUCCUCCAACACACCAUUACUCACACUAAACAACGGUCUUCUUGAGCUCAAAGGACCAACGACAAAAUCAAAUAUUAGUGAAUAUGAAAUAUGCAAAAAAAUGACUAGUUAUUUGAUACUUAUCCCCAAGAAGGAAGAAUUUGAGGGUAGCGUCACCACCUGCGAGAAACUAAAGGGAACGCUCGCACUACCAAAAAACGCCGAAGACAAUGUGAAUAUAGUUGACAAAUUCCAACACUUCAGCUCACAUUGCGAGGACUCUUUCUUAUCUCUGUUUUGGGCUGGAGCUAAGGGGAACGUCUCGACUGGGCAGUGGGUCCAACUUACAGACGGAGAACCUAUACCAUGGCAUAAUUUCUCUGGUUCGUCCUCUCCCGUCCGCGCACAGCACCAGUGCAUAACAGUUUUUGGCAGGAAUACCCGGUAUUUCUGGGAUGAGACGCCAUGUUCAGGAUUCACUACUUCGUGUCCGCUCUGUAACUUUACAUCACGACCUCUACUGCGACUGCGGGGACUCUGUCAAUCAACGUGGUUUGACCGCGAGUUGUACCUGAACGACUACGAGAACGAGAGGCCUAAGGUGGACGGGGCACUGCACAGCCGCGUGGUGUGGGACAACACAAGCUGGGUGAUGGUCAGCCGCCGCCACCAGGGACUGAAAGCCGUCAUGUAUGCUGACACCUCCGACACCUUCCCCAUCGGUCUCCGUAAGUGGACCAUCAGCGGCGACAAAUGUGCCCAGAGACAGGUGGAGUUGCUACUGACGUUGUGUAGUAAGGAGGAGUUCACCUGCAAAGACGGCACCUGUAUCCAUAGGGACAAAAUUUGCAACUCGUACAAUGACUGCCUCGACCAUUCCGACGAACUUAACUGUGAGGUCAUCAAGGUCCCGAGGGGUUACUCGGAAGACAACUUUCCCCCAAGCUUCACCAAUGAUCCCCUGUCAAUCUAUUUCCUUAUCAACAUCACCUCUAUCAGGAUCUUCGACCUGACCUCCUUCACCAUUGCCAUAGAUGCCAUAUGGCACACUAAAUGGAACGAUUCUCGGCUGACGUUCACCAACUUACAAACAAACUACCAGACCAACAAGGCGAGACAGUGGCAGAGGGUGUGGAUGCCGAUGCUGCAAGUGACUGAUGGCACCAAGAGCCUGGUUAAGAAAGGUCAGCGGGCAGGAGUCCUUUACGUCAUCCGCAGAACGGAACCUUUGCUUGACGACGAGCAGAUGAUCAACGAGGACCACAGGUACAGCGGGGACAACAACACACUGAUGCACCAACAACAAGACACUCUCGAGUUCAAGUGCCACUGUGACCUGCGUCUCUACCCCUUCGACACCCAGAGAUGCUACUUGGUGUUCAGGGUUCAGGACCUCACCCACACCCGGGGCGCCCUCCUCAAGGAUGGCCCGGGUGUGGUGUUCGAGGGAGAGCGUAGUCUACUGGAGUACAAGCUGGAGAGGGAAGUCAUCACCCAGCAUACACUCUACAAUGUCAACAUCCUCCUGGUGGAGUUGGAACUGAGUAACCAGUACCGCUACUACCUGGCCAACGUGUUCCUGCCCAGCUUCAUGCUCUCCCUCGUCUGCUGCCUCACGUUCUGCUUCGACCUGGAUGACUUCACGGACCGCAUCAUGGUCACCCUCACCUCUAUGCUCGUUCUCGCCGGCUUCUUUGCCCAGACCAGCCAGUCCAAUCCCAAGACCUCAUACCUCAAGCUGAUCGACGUGUGGUACCUGGUAUUGAUCUGCGAGGUGUUUGGUAUCAUCGUCGCUCUCGUCUACGUCGAGAACUUGCGUUUGGGCCCCCAGAACCAUCGAACAACGAAGAUUGCUCCCUACAGUGCCCCUACAGCAAACACUAGGCACAAGGACAUCUCUGCCCCAGGACCAAACACUGGACACAAGGAUACUCCGCCAAGAUCAAACACUGGGCACACAGGGAAGCUGGUGGUGGUAAACCGUUUCCUGGUGGGGGCGUUCCUGUGUACUAGCAUUAUCAUUCUUAUCUGUUUUUGCGUCAUCGGUAUGAACGCUAUUAAUGACUGUGGUGGAGUACUUGUGCCUUGGAGGAAUUAUAUCCAGUAACUUAAGCCUCCUGAGGCAAUGCCAAACAUGUUAUACAAUGGAAGGUCUCAGAGCAGCUGUAGAAAUGACCCCAACCAGGAACACCCUCCCAACCCCCCUCGGAAUCUACCUUAUGAAAAUGGUCUUCCCUAAAUCUAAUUCAUAUGAGCAUCAGAUAUGUGAAACUUAAGACAUCUGCUAUACAAUGGUAAAACCUGCACUCCUGAAAGUCAACAUUUCGACACACUGUAAUAACUUUGUAUCAUGCCAUCGUUAAUACGAUGAACCCGAAGGACACUUAGAUAAUCUAAGUAUCAUUCACUACUUUUGAUAAAUCUAAGUUAGAUUUAUCAAAAGUAGUGCAUUGCAAAAACAUUAUAAACAAGACCCUCUAGAAUUAAGUGGUCAUGUUAAUAUCUAUAUGUCUGUCACUUGGUAAAAAUACCUCAGUGAUAUCCUUAUGUGCCUCAGUUAAUUUGUCUUUCAAUUAGUUGCCACAAUACGUUGAAAUAACUAACUGCAGCUCAUAACGUGGAAUGUAUUUACACUACUGUAUAUUAAAAUGUCAACGAAGCACCAAUAUCUGUGUUAUGUCUCCGUGUUCCGUGUUGUCGCUUGACCUGCUGAGCUGAGGGAUGCGGUAACGCUUGUGGUUAGAGAGACAAUUGGGAGGGCCACUGUCCUGUACCUGAAUUGUAAAUAAUUACAAAUGAUUUAAAUAAGUCUUGUGCGAGUCUACAUUAAACUUUCUCAAACAAUACUUAAUUUGUAAAUCAAAAUAUCCGAAAUUGACCCAUUUACUUCCUCACGCUACACUUCAGCAGGCUCUAGACUCUAGGAGAAUGGGAUGUUUGGGCAGAAAUGUGGAAAUUAACACCCCACAAUACUAGGCUCACAGAUGCUAUCUCAGCUCUAGUAAAAUGUGACAACAACAGCUUUCCUGUCAUAAACAGAUUGCUGCAGGUUAUUGCUGCCAAACCAGUUACAACUGCAAGCCUUGAAAGAUCAUUCUUGAAUCUACGGAGACUAAAAACCUGGCUGCCUAGCACCAUGGAGGAAGAUAGAUUGUCAGGUUUUGCCCUAAUGGCUAUAAACAAAUAAACUCAGUCUAAAU